AUGACACGAGAUAAUGAGGUGGAGCCGAUUCUGAAUGCAAACUACACUGAGGCAUCACCUUUCAGUUACGGAGCAGGCCACAUAAGAGCAAACCAAGCUAUGGAUCCAGGGCUGGUUUAUGACUUAACCGUCAAUGAUUACCUCAACUUUCUAUGUGCCUUGGGGUAUAAUGAAACACAACUUGCAACAUUCUCGGAUACUUCUUAUGAAUGCCCCUCCAAGCCCAUCAGUCUUUCCGACUUCAACUACCCUUCUAUUACAGUCCCCAAAUUCAGUGGCUUAAUCACAUUAUCAAGAAGAGUUAAAAACGUCGGUUCUCCAAGUACGUACAAACUUCGUACCAGGAAACCAACUGGGGUUUCUGUUUAUGUUAAGCCAGAGAGGUUGGAGUUCAACAAGGUUGGUGAAGAGAAGACCUUCAGUGUUACCUUGAAAGGCAAAAAAAUCAAGGGAAUAAAGGACUACGUAUUUGGAGAAUUGAUAUGGUCUGACAAUAAGCACCAAGUGAGGAGUCCUAUUGUCGUGAAGUGGCUCUAA